AUGAUAAGUUCUUAUGUUCAGAUUCUUCUAAUAAUUCUGUUUUGGAAUGCUGAUUGUCAGAUUAUUCCCAGGAUUGAAGAAUGUGGACUUUCUUGUUCUCAGGGGAUUCACUGCAAAAGCAAACCUUCUGGUGGCAUUUUUAACGGCUUCUGCCAUGAUGCUCCUGCAUCUUUAUCUUCUAUGGUACUGAAAAGCAUGAAGAUCUCAACAGUGAUGAAAUGUGUGCAAGGAAGCCCAUGCUCUCUUCAUUUAAACAUUAAAGGAACACUGAGUCUGGAUGAGAAUGUCCGUGGGCUGGAAAUAUGUUCUUUUUCACUGGACACACAGCAAUCUCAAUGCAUAAAUGUGAGAUUCACCAGGAAAAAAAGCAAGAUGCUUAAUGGAAAGAAGGUACAGGUACAAUUCAAUUGCAUUGAAGUCAAUGUAGCACAACACAUCUAUGUGACCAUGAAAACUGUACCACAUUACUGUGAAGUCAAGCUGAGUCAGCAAUACUAUGUUGAAGAUUGCAGAAACAGUGAUGUGGGAAAAUAUAUUCCAGCUUGUUCAGCUGGAAAGUUAGCUUAUAAUUUAGACAGGGCAAGGAAAAUGGUAACAGUGAAUGUGUCCAACUUUCCCCGAGAUCAAGAUUACUACGUUCGCCUGUGCCACAAAUGGUUCACCUGUGAAGAUGCUGGGGCAUUUGCUGUGAUAAAAGGAAAGGAAUCUUUUAAAUCCGUUUCUCUGAAAUAUUCUCAGCUACUCCCUUGUCUUUGCAUUGAGGGUUGGCUGGCACUUCCAGAUGCAAGGAGGGUACAGCUUUGCCCCUUUGAAAAUGAUACACAGGUGCUAUGGGACAAUAUUGUUUAUAACCCAUCAACACAAACCCUUGCCUGGGAGCCAGCCUGUCCUGUCCUUGUCAUGGUUAACCUCUGCAGGUUCACCAAGUUGAAUGACCACUGUGAAGAUAUAGAAAAAUCUUUCAAAAAUUCUUCUGAGAAACAGGUCAAAUAUUCUCGUGUGGACACUCACCCAAGACUUUGCAUGAAGUUUACCACCAAACGAGGAUCCUGGAUUAAAUGUCCAUUUGCUCAUGGAGAAUUUCCAGCCUGGAAAAUGAGGACUGCUGCAGUUGCAGAACAAAUACAAGUUUUCUUCACAUCCCAAACCAAGGCACAGUUCUCAGUGCUUGUGUGUAACAGGACGCAGAUGGCUUCAUGUGAAUCUCUUGGGAUGCACCAUUCAGUCUCUGUGGGAGAUCCUGUUUCAAUCACUAUGUCACAGGAAAUGUGUGGGUCAACAAUUUGCAUUCAGGGCUGGAGAACAGAUGUGGAUUAUUCAGUUCCACUGCAGAUCUGUGAUACCUUCUGUGGUUUUCAUGGUCAGUCAUACAGUGAUGGAAAUCCACCAAAAGCCAUGACACACAGGAUGAAGAGUGUGGAGUCCUUGCAUUGA